ACUACCAUUAUUGGUUAUCAAUGUACAUUGAAUCAAAAAGAAACAACCAAACACUUCAAAACUCUAUAUAAAUCUGAAAAGUUUUUUUAUUGUUUUAAAUUUGAUUUACUCAUUUGAACAAGAUGCUGAGAUACAAUUCUGCAUCAUUUAGCUUAUUCAUAUCACUUUAUUUGAUCGUUGUAUGGUUCUCUACUGAAUUCUUCAAAUGUCAAGAUAUCUGUACAAAAUGUCACUUAAACAGCUUAAAAGAAACAAUUUUUCAAAAUGAUUCAUAUCGAAUUUCGUUUCACCAUAAUUAUUUAAUGAGAAUUCGUCGUAAUCAAUCAUAUCCACUUGUAAAAGAUAGUCCUAAUAUAUUCACUGCACCUCAAUAUGUUGCCUUGAACUUCCCGUUUAAAUAUUACGAUCGCCAUGUGAAUGACCUUCUUAUUCAUCGUUAUGGAAAUGAAGGUUUAAUAAAUAUAUUCAGCGAAAAAUACAUUGGAAGAAUUUCAAAUCGGUUAAAAGAUAUAACGAAAUUGAUAUUUGAAGUUUUGAAUGAAAAAGGAUUAUUGGUUGUCAAAUCGUAUUUUGUGAAAACAGUUAAUGGUACAGAGGUUACAGCCAAGAUAACCAAUCUGAUACACCCGAAUGGGAAGAUAUCUUUCUACUAUGAUAACAUCCCCACGGAAAUCAAAGAAAGCGAGCAGGAAUCGAAAAUCAGUGCUGAUAUAAAGUGUGAAACACAUAAUGUGUCAGAUGAAAUAUAUGUUCCUGGUGAGUGGAUCAAACCUGGAACGUUGGUGGAGUAUGAAGCUUUUGGGAAGAUUUGUCCAAAAUACAAUUCGAUAAAAAAAUGCAAAAAAGCAACAACAUCAAAUAUAACAUGUAUUUGGUGUGAAAAAGCCAACAAAUGUAUUGAAAGUAAUGAUCAGAAUACUCAUAAAUUGAAAGUUGAUGAUUGCUAUGUUGAGGAGAGUUUGGAUGUUAACGAUUUGAGUGCACCAACUCCCAUCAAACAUGAUGAAACAACAUUGAAGAUCACCGAAUUUCAGUUUGCAGAAAAGCUCAAGAAAAUUUUCGAAGAAACUGCUCAACAUUUGACUAUGACUGUCAAUACAACCGUAGGAAAUAUACAGAACAAAUUAUAUCUGUACUUGUACAUUUUGAUUAUUUUAGUCGUCUAUCCAGUUGUUAUAUAUAUCGGUUGUAUAAUUUGGAGAUGGCUCCAUUACAGUACUGAUUGAUUCUCAGACCAAGCUGUAUUUAUCGAGUAUUUUAAUAGAAAAGUUUAGAUUUUAUUAUUCGUUUGAACAAUGUUUCAAUGGAAUUAUGUACAUUCGUAUUCUUGUUUAUGUAAUAACUGAUGUACUCUUGUUGAUAAAAUAAUAAACAUGACUUUCAAUAUUUG